AUGGCGCUUGCUCUUCCUGAAUUACUAAAGAAUAUUUUAAAUUUCUUAGCUAAAGAUAACGCACUAUAUCCAACUUUGCUGGUCUCUAGACUUUGGUCUAGGUGCACUGGUCCAAUUUUAUGGGGUCGUAUCGAAUUGAUUGGUGAGAAACAACAGGAAAAGUUUAUAAAAAUGAUACGUAUAAACUCUAGACCAAUUUUUAGACAUAGUGUGCAGUGCCUCAUAAUUACGCACCAUUCUUAUCUUUCGAAUGAGAUAAUCGAAAAAAUAGUCAAAGUAUUUCCAAACAUAAUCCAUUUAGAUUUUGAGCGAAGUACGGGUUUUGAUGAUACGACCUUAAUCAAGAUUUCUCAAGUAUAUCCCAACCUGAUCCAUCUUAACGUUUCUAACAAUGGGGGCUUAACCGAUCAUUCUAUCACUAAAAUCGCAAAGAAAUGUGAUAAAUUGCAGUUCUUAGAUAUUGGUUUUGGUGGAGAUAUUACCGGUAAAUCAUUCUGUGAAAUAGCACGGUCAUGCAAUGGGUUAAAACAUCUAGGAAUUAGUUCGUCUUGGAUACAUGUCACUGACAGCAUUAUAUAUGAAAUCGCACGAUCCCUUCCUAAUCUCCAAUCUCUAGAUAUCAGUUCUUGUAGUAGACUUACCGAUACUGCUAUUCACACCCUUACGGAAUCAUACCCAAAUCUGAAAAGUUUAAAACUCGCGCACUGUGAUGGAAUAAGUGAUAUAGCCAUCAGAAAAAUCGCACAAUUCCAUUGUUUGGAACAUCUCAACCUCUAUGGUAUGAGUGCCCUUACUGAUAAAUCAAUGCGCAUUAUUGCGAGAUCGUGCCCAAAUAUCCAAUAUCUUAAUCUUCAAUCUUGCAACGUUACAGACGGAGCUAUAGAAGAAAUAGCUCUAUCAUGCCAUAAUCUAAAACAUCUUGACCUUUACGGAGUUCGACAAAUUAUUUCCGACUUGUCAAUUUCCAAAAUCGCAAAAAUGUGCCCUAAUAUCAUAUAUCUUGAUCUAGGAUACGCUCCGUCUAUUUCCUGUACAACUCUCAAAAUUAUCGCAGAGCACUUGCAUGCUCUAGAAUAUCUUGGCCUGAAAAAUUGCUAUAGAAUUAGUCAAAAAAUAGUAGAUACACUAUUUCCUGAUCUCGAAAUAGGCGGGUAUUACUCAUUACCACUUGGGCGGUAA